AUGGUCACCGAUCAUUUGGGGCGGAAUCAGCGGGUCUUUCCACUCCUGAGCAAGUACCUGUGCGACCACACCGAGUCGUGCAUGGUGACAUGCACAUGGGCAGCCACGUCGAACCAACCUUGCUCUAUGUGCCUUGUGAGCAAGUGGGACCUUGCGGAUCUGACCCUGGAAAGCUCCCCACGCACCGUGGAAGGCCAAAAGGACAUGUACGUGCGGAUCGAGGGUACCAACCCAAAGAAGCGCAAGAGAAUUAUGUCUGCAUGGUGCACCCACUUUGUGCAGGUGGGUGACCCUCUGAGCGGCUUGUACGCACUGUGGGAAUGGGCGCACGUCGACACACCCUGGGGGAACCUCUACGAGGACAUCGGAAUAUGCAUCAUGCACGUGGUGGACGAGGGGGUGUGGCUGCACACCAUGCGAUUCCUGGUGGCGAAAUUAACUCCCACCGAGCAGCUCCUUCUUUUAAGGUACUGCCUGCGGGUUGUCGUGGGGGUGUGGCGUGGUGCAUGCGAGGCCGUCAUGGCCGUGACGCCACCGUCUCUUCUCCGUCAUCCAGACCCGUCGGCAUACUUUGGGACGGUGUCCCAGUAUGCCGCAUGGGAGCACCGGGCCAUGAUGCAGAUUGUCCCGCUGGUCGCUCACCUGCCUGGACACGAGGACAUUGCCCGAGUGGUCAUCCUCUUCAACGAGUGGUACCGCGCGUAUUUCCGCGUGGCGUAUCACACGGAGGCGUCUCUUCAAGAGGCAACGAGGAAGACCCUUGUGCUGGUCGCGGAGCUGAAGCUCGUCUUCCCCAAGCAGUCGUCGCAGUGGCGACUGCCGAAGGUGCAUCUUCUCCGGCACCUCCCGCAUGCGAUUAGGAUGCAUGGCAUCCCGUCCGAGCAAUCGACCAACACAUACGAGGCCUUGCAUAAGCGAUUCUGCAAAUGGCCUGCACGGAACUCGAACUGGCGGGACGUGGGCAGAGACAUUGUGGUUCGCCACGCACGCAACGAGGCAAUCAGGGGCCUGGGUCGGGCCGAGGGCGGUAGGACGUACGAGACGGCCAUGCACACGGUGAGCCAUGACGGGUCAUGCAUGAGUGUAGCGCUCCCGAGCCAUGUGACAUUACUUACAGCAUGGUGUCCCGUAUUGGCUGUCGGGUCUCACGGUGAUGGAGGGUUCUCUUUUAUGCUCUUUUCCAUUCCCAUCGUACGGUGCGUGGGCACAGGCGGUGAAGCACAACACCAGGGUGCUUACCCGACGUUCACGGCGCAUGGCGGUGGGGGAUGCGCAGGACCCCGUCUGGGCGGAAUAUGGCGCCGUGCUGGGCAGCGCGGUGAUGGACGGUAUCGCACGGGUGAUGCAGCGUGUGGGGAUCGAUGCGUCAGGCGUGCAGGUGAUGUCUCGUCGAUGAGUGGGUGCAAGGGGGCCGGUUCGGGAUUGGGAUUUCGGGUGUACCUGCCGGUUCACACAGCAAUGGCGAUACCCCCCCAUGACCGCCUCUUGGGCCGCGGGCCAGGGCACAUGGUGAAGGCAGCGCCGGGUGAGGGGAAGUUCAGCUACGUGUCGAUUGCUGGGGGGGAGGGCGAGUGGUAUGCUCGGUGCAUCAUGCUAUUCCAUUUCAUUGACGGCGAGGCCCAGAUUCACAGGCGCGCCGUGGUGCAGUAUUUCGACGAGCAUCCCACUCCAUGCCCCGUGACGGGAUGCGCGAGGCUACUGCCGACUGUGGGAGAGGAUGAGUACGCCGUUGUCGAGGUGGACAACAUUCUGUCCCUUGCCCACAUUGUCCCGUGUUUCACUGAGCCCCGGUUCUCUUUGGUGAACCGGUUUCUGUUUGAUGAGUGA